UCGCACGCAAAUGCCGGCUCCGCACAGUGGCCCCCAGCCUGAGCCGCCCGAGGGGCGCGCGUGGGGCCGCCCGGCACCCCACGGCCGAGCCCAGGCGCUGACCGGCAUCCAGCGCGGCUUUCAAUGCUCUGUGUAAAUGUUUACACCGGGCGGACCGCCAACCCCGCGCGGACCGCCACCAGGCUGCCAGGCCCGGGAAUGUAAACCCGGGCGGGGGCGCCCGGCGGCGGGAAGGGGCUCUGACUGGGUGAGCGGGAGUGCGCAUGCGUUACGAAACACCUACUAUGUGCACACAGUGCCCGGGGCUAGGCGGUCCCAGCACUGAGUCACCAGUCCCUCACCGGGAGAAGCUCAGGCCAUUGUGGUGGCCCAGAGGGUGCACACCUGCGCCCACCCGGGGCUGGGGAGGAGGAAGGGCGCGAGUAGGAGCAGCCGGAGAAGGCUUCCUGGGGAAGACGCCCGGAGCUGAGACUGAGAGAGGGAGGGGAGUGGGGAAGAGGAGAAGAGAAUGUGCUGGGUGGGAGGACCGGCCUGUGCAAAGGCCUGGGGGUGGUGGGUCCAGUGCAGCUUUGAUCCAUCGAUGCCCGCUUCUGGGCAUCAGUUUAAUCUCUGUCUGGAAACCCAGGCUCAGAGAGGGGCAGGACGUCACUCCCGAGGGCCCCAAUAUGUUAGGAACACAUCAGAGCACAUUGUCUUCUCCAUGCCACACUCCCACAGUGCCCCCUCCUGGGAGUGCCCUCACCUCCUUCUAGGCUCCCCUCCAAAAUCACUGGGCUCCAGCCACUCCAGCCUCCUGGCUGCAUGGCCAACCUUGGUCCCAGCCUCAGGACCUUUGCACUGGCUGUUCCUCCUGCCUGAGAUGCCAUUCUCUUGUGCCUGGCCGACUUCUAUGUUUGGUUAAGGCUCAACUUUCGUCAAUCCUCAGGAAAGCACUCUGGGACCCCCAGAUGGGGAUGGGUCCCCUGCUACUCCUGGUACAGUGCCCACUCCUUUCUUGGGCAGCAUUUUUUCGCAACCUUGUUCAAGGGUUCCUUGAUGAAUCAUGUCUACGUUAUUACUGAUCAUUAAGCAGAAGUGGCUGGAAAUCAGGGGCCGCACCGUGUCCCCGGUGCCUGGCCCAGCGCCCUGUUCCCGUUUGUUGCCUGACAGACAGACAGACGGAGGCCGUGGGGCUGACCAUCGCAUGCCCGCAGGCCGAGGAUGCAGCGCUGGAAGGCGGCAGCCUUGGCCUCGGUGCUCUGCAGUUCAGUGCUCUCCAUCUGGAUGUGUCGGGACGGCCUGCUCCUCAGUCACCACCUGGGACCCUCGCUGACCCCACUGCGCCGGCCGCCGCGCACCCUGGACGCCCGGAUCGCCCGCCUGGCCCAGUAUCGUGCACUGCUGCAGGGCGCCCCGGACGCGGUGGAGCUGCGCCAGCUGACGCCCUGGGCCGGCAGGCCCCCGCGUCCGCGCCGUCGGGCGGGGCUCCGGCGGAGGCGCGCGCGCGCGCGAGCGGGGACGCGGCCGUGCGGGCUGCGCGAGCUGGAAGUGCGCGUGAGCGAGCUGGGCUUGGGCUACGCGUCCGACGAGACGGUGCUGUUCCGCUACUGCGCAGGCGCCUGCGAAGCGGCUGCGCGCGUCUACGACCUGGGGCUGCGGCGGCUUCGCCAGCGGCGGCGCGUUCGGCGGGAGCGGGUGCGCGCGCAGCCCUGCUGCCGCCCGACGGCCUACGAGGACGAGGUGUCCUUCCUGGACGCGCACAGCCGCUACCACACGGUCCACGAGCUGUCGGCGCGCGAGUGUGCCUGCGUCUGACCCUACCUCAGGGGCCCGGCGAGACGGCGGCCACGGCCCCCGCGCCGCGGCGCCCACCGUCCCGCCUGGCAAGGCCCGCGGCGGACAGACUGCGCGUGCGCAGGAGGUGCCGCCCCGGCCUCGGGACUCUCCAGUAGCUGCACGGAGAUAAAGAGUGGAAAAUGGAUCCUGGGUCGUGAUUCCGCGUUCCGGGGGUGCCUACCUCUCGGAGGGACCCGAGCCUGUGUGGGGUGGGGGCGCCAGCCGCACUGGGCGGGGGGGGGGGGACGGGGCGGGGACCACGUGCUGGGCGCAGAGAGGGUCCUUUUCCCGUGGUCCACGAAGGAAAGCGGUGUGAGUGGGAGGAAUGUCGGCAGGGGCCGUCCUUCCCACUUUCUUGCAGGUCCCUGUACCCCUUCCUGCCGCGUGCCACGGCCACCUCCCAUGAGGUGGGAUGGGAUGGGAAGAGGGAGCCAAAUGCAGAUGAGGAGUCUGAGGUCCAGGUGGACCCAGGCCUCCCUCCCCCAAAGGGCCUCCUCAGGCCCCGUCCACCCCCGCCGAGCCACUAUCUCCUUUCAGUAGCUAAAAAUAUAUGUGCGCUGCCCAGCUCCCUGUGGGGAUAGGUCUGGGGCGGGCGCCAGCCCUGUCCAGCCCGAAAGCGGCGCCUGCUGGGGCAGAGCUGGGUCCUCAGGGACCUAGGUCCUGGGCGCAUAAAAUCCCUGGCCCGAGCUCCUGGGGGGAUUUACGACGCGUCCCCGCGGAGGACAGAAAAAGCGGUGUCACCUUGAUGCCUGGCAGGCCCAGGACAGCGCAGGGGGUUGGGUUCUCAGACCCUGGGGAGAGGUCUGCACAUCCCAGGGUCUGAGGAGGGGCAGGGCGGGGGGCCGCUGCCCUGCCCCCAGGCUGACACCCUGGAGACCAGUGGGUAUGGACCCUCCCCUCCUGCACCUCAGAGUGGGGUUCUCGAGGGUGCAAGCCCCUCUCACCCCAGACAGCUUUCCUGAGGGCGUGGUCCCCUCUCUUCUUCUCUCACCCCCAACUCCACAAGGGCUCCCACGGAAAGAGCCCCUUCUCUCCUUCACUGUUCCCCUAGACUGGCCCUCUCCCCUCUUUCCCACACAUCUGAGCUCAGGGCCACCAUCUAAACACCAUGGCCCUCCCAGCCCUAGUCCCCAUCCCGACGCUGGAGGGCCCAGAUCAGCGGCUGUCCCAGAAAGGAUCAUCCAGCCCAGCAGAAACACCCCCUGUUCCCUGGUCCCCGGCUGCAGCUGGAGACACUUGAGGCAGCUAACAGGCAGGACUUCCCCGGAGUCCUGAGAGCAGGGCUGGGCAGCCAGGGUCCAGCCCACGGGUGGUCUGCUUGUUAGGAAGUUUCAGGGCUGAGGCCAUCUGGGGUCCCCACCCCCCCAGUCUUCUGAGGUUUGGGGUAGGGGAUUCCUCCUCUGUUUGGGCUGACUCAGCCCAGCCGUGGCAGGGAAGCCGUUGUCCCCUUCUCCUUGGGGCAGAAGCCAAGCCUCAGUUUCCCCAUCCCAGAUAGCCCUGAGCCACGGAGGCGGAAGUUGUUCGGCCCACACCUGGGAAAAUUGAUCUUGGAGCCCAGGUCUGUGGUCCCUGAAGCCUGACUAUGUGCGUGUGUGUGUGUGUGUGUGUUGCGCACCCUCUCAUGUGCAACACCACGUGGUGUUUGGCCACACCCAGUGGGAUCUCUCGCCAGGGGUCUCCAAGCCCCCGUGGUCAGCACUUGUCACACACAGUCUCAGGGCUACACGUGCUGGGCACCCCACUCUGCCCUCCUCCCCUUCCUUCGUGGGCAGUUCCUGCCCUCCCUCUACACUUGUCCCAGCCCUGCCCCCCAUGGACCCCCAGACAGCCUGGUCCCCACUCCCACCCACUGUGGGGCUUGGCCUCCAGGGUUUUUCCACCUCUUGACAUUGGCACCCAGGCCAUUCUUGGUUUUGGGGGGCCUACCUGGGCCUGUGGGCUGUUGAACAGCAUCUCUGGCCCCCACCCACUGGAUGCUCUCAGCCCAUCUCCAGCUGUGCCAACCACCAGCCUCCCAAGCCUUUGCCGAGUGUGCCCGGGCAGGCAGACCGCUGUUCUAAAAUCAGGGAGAAGACAUGGGUUUUCCUCGGAGCAUUCCCAUCCAGAGAAUGGUGUCAGUAUUGUCCCUCUGCGUACCCCGCGGGCAGUUAGCAACAGGAACGAAACCACAAGCAAAUCGGGCAGACCCCUCACCAGUGAGCGGGACCCCAAGGGGAGUUUUAGUGGGUGAGGGUUGCAGCAGGUGACACCCCAGUUCAGUGGGGCUCCUAGCAGGUGUGUCCUAGUGAGGCUAGAUGACCUGUUUCAGAUCCCCAGCAGGUGAUGUCCCCAACCGCCGAAGGUGAGGCCCCUCAGGAGGUGAGGCCCCUGGCAGCUAAGGGCCCUAGAGCCGAUGUCCUGGCAGCAUAGUGUGGGUGGGUGAAGUCCCAGGUAAAUGCGAUCUCAGCAGGUGAGAUUCCCAGCAGGUGAGGACGCCCCUCCUGUAGCUGGUGAGUCCCCAGGCAGGCGAGGUCCCCAAUAACCGAGGUCCCCAGCAGGUGAGACCCCCGGAGGUGAGGCUCCUGGGAGGUAGGAUCCCUUAGAGCUGAUCUCCUGGCCACACAGGUGCUCAGUAGGUGAAGCCCCAGC